UGUGUUUCAGGUAUGGCAGCAAUUUGCUUCCAUACAGGAAAGGUACACUCGUGCUUUUACUUUGAAGCCGUACACACCCAACCGGAAGUUGUCCUGUUACGGCUCCAGGUUGUCUCCCGUCUCCCGCGGCUCUCACGUCCCGAGGAGCCGAACCGAGAGGAGCCGCUGUCCGGUGGAGUGAAGCCGGGCGAAGCGGAGGACACGUCGCCCAGGUGAGACCGACAUGCCGGCGGGCCGUUGUCCCGGAGCGGCGCUGUUACACCGGAGCUAACGCUAAUGCUAACGUCUGCGAGCGGAAGUGCGGAAGUGGUUGACGGCGAACGGCGUCACGUCUCCGGGUACCUUCAGUCCUGUGGUCGAGAGGAGAGAAGCUCCGCGGAGUCAGCGCCAGUUUAAAGCUCCUCUGCGAACAGGUGCCAUGAGCAGCGAGCUGAACGUGCCCAUGGGCUCCCCGGCCCCAGGGGUCUCAGAGCAUGCUCCGGACGACGGGGGGAUGGACUACAGGGACUGGGUGCGGCGCAGUUACCUGGAGCUGGUCAGCUCCAACCACCACUCGGUGCAGGCCCUGUCCUGGAGGAAGCUCUACCUGAGCCGGGCCAAGCUGAAGGCCUCCAGCAGAACGUCUGCGCUGCUCGCUGGCUUCGCCAUGGUGGCCAUGGUGGAGGUGCAGCUGGAGGUGAAGUACAGUUACCCUCGCGUGCUCCUCAUCGCCUUCAGCGUGUGCACCACCGUGCUGGUGGCGGUGCACCUCUUCGCUCUGCUGAUCAGCACCUGCAUCCUGCCCAACGUGGAGGCCGUCAGCAACAUCCACAACCUCAACUCCGUCAGCGAGUCGCCCCACGAGCGCAUGCACUACUACAUCGAGCUGGCCUGGGGCUUCUCCACGGCCCUGGGCAUCUUGCUGUUCUUAACGGAGGUGGUGCUCCUCUGCUGGAUCAAGUUCCUGCCCAUAGGUUCUAACGAGGUCAAAAAGGCCAGCAGCAGCAGCGCCGCGGAGGUCACGACGCACGCCACGAUGGAGGCGACGACGAAGUCCCCGGGGCUGGAGAGCGGCUGGCAGGCGGCGCUGGCUUCCACCAUCAUCAUGGUCCCGGUGGGGGUGAUUUUUGUGGUGUUUACCAUCCACUUCUAUCGCUCUCUGGUGCGUCACAAGACAGAACGGCACCACCAGGAGAUAGAGGAACUGCACAAGAUUAAGAUACAGCUGGACGGCCAUGAGCGAGGCCUCCUGACUGUGUGAUGAUCUCACGGCAGCUUUAAGAACUGCCACUCCCACAUUUAUUUAAACCCUCUCACUGCUCUGACUUCUGUGGUGGCGGUUGAURUUGCCUUGCUCAGACUCCGAGGCUUUAACGCUCCUCUCUUUGCGAUUCAAAUGGCUGUCACAUGUCAGACUGCUAACUUAUUCUUAAGGUCAAUUUCUGUCGUAGGUYUUGUGCCGUCAGCUCGUCUGUUGAUGUGUAAUCUGUGUCGGUCACAUAAUAAUGUUUAAAAAGGUUUACAGCAAAAGGGCUAAACGGUUCCGUGUGCCAUGUUGUUUUUGUCAUGUUCGUGUUUGCGUGGAAGCGUCGCGUGACGAUCGGCUCCAUUCAGGAUCUGGUUCAACGUCGGCAAAAUACCCGGAUUCACUCUGGAAUUCUUUAUUCGAUUUAUUUUCUCCUCACUUCUUAUCAGAGAACAUUUAAGCUGCAGCUAUUAAACUAAUUCACAUUCAUUUAAGUUGCCACAACUCCGGAUCAUAACUUAGUUAUUUUUGGAUUAUUUUGCUGGGCCAAAGAUUAUAUGAAGACAGAGAUGAACCACUCUCCUCGAUAAGUGUAGUUGCAAUUUUACUCGAACCAGCAGUGUGACAUCAAUAAUUUACGCUGAUCAUGUGAAUAAUUAUGAUCCAGGACCUCCAGCACUUGGAGCCAGAUUAAUAAUGAGUGCCAAAGUUUUUCACACGUGGUGAAAAGUUGAAAGGAUUCGACAAGGGAUUCAAAAAGAUUCAGAUUUCUUAGGAUUUAUAUUCAACGAGCAAAAACCUCAGGCGAGUCCCCAACGUUUCCCUUAAACAAAAUAAUGCAGAUCAUGAAAUCAGAAUUUUGGAAGAACGCAAUUACAUUUAAAUCUGCUAGAUCCAAAAAUUGUGUUUGGAUCCAGAUCAAAUCAGUCCUUUUAAAUUUGCCUGAUUUUCCUCCAUCAGGAGUUUUUCCCGGGGAAAUUGGUGAAAAAGUGAAACUUUCACACACUCGUAGAUAUCAGAUCCUAAAUAUGGCAGAUUGUUUUUCAAAAUCCAUCUUUUAUUUUCAGGAAAAAACUAUGAAAAUGUUGUACAAUGCCAGAUUUCUUAAUGUUAAAGAAAAGGAUCUGCACCAAAAUCAAAUGUGUUCUUUUCUGACACAUCAUGUCACCAAGUUCCGUGAAAAUCCGUGUUUUAGUUUUUGAGCAAUCUUGCCCACAGGCAAAACGGACAACACUCACUUACGUCUCUCGCUGCACUGAGCUCGUUUUUGUAAAAAGUCGAGUCGUGCGUCACGCUGCAACCUGCUUGUCUGCUUUGCGCUGAUGGAGUGUGUGUGUGUGUGUGCGUGCGCGUGCAUGGUGCAGCAUGGUUCAGAAACAACAAACUGUUAAGUCUUAAAAUGUCACGUUAAUGGAAAAUAGCAAAGACGUUGUUGUCACUGUGGUUUUUUUUUACGUCCAAAAAAAAAAAAACCUCAUGCAAGCCUCGGACCUUUUUAGCGUUUUUCUUCCUUCUAAGAGUUUUUUAUACGGAUCCUGUGUCAAACCCGUCGAUUCAACCAACUGAUGCUGCUCAAACUGCUUCAAUAUGAAUGUGCUACUGUCCAAAUACAGCUCUGCCUUACAGACCGAUGCCUUUUUAAUGAACUUUGAAGGUUUUAACACAAGCAGAUCUUUUGUUGUUGUUGUUGUCUGGAAAUGUAUUAAAUGCACCGAGUCUCUUGAGGCUCGCAGGGCGGGAGAACACGCCACAAUGGAAAUGAGCGAAGGAAAUGAAAGCUCAUGUUGCGAUCAGCUCGACCUCGUGACCCGUCUCCAAAUAUUGUCGAUCCUACCGUACGUUUGCCUUCACUGAGAGAAGCAGGAGAUGGUUUGUUGGACGAGGCCGGACUUUGUUACUGUGGUUUUUUUUGGGGGGGGGGGUUUAUUAUUUAAAAGGAAAACGUUAUCACAACCUGUUUAUCACAUUCCAAAUACGAUGACUGACCAAAGUGACGCUCAGUUGUUUGUUUCUCGCUUCUCGGAAGAGAAGGAAAAAAAAAAAAGUGCACUUGUAGUUUAGCUGCGCAGUGAAUGACUCUGUCUCGCGUUUGUGGAUUCGUGCUUCUGAAAUGAAAAGUGUGGACUUGUUGAGAUGAUGGAAAUCACAGCCUGCAAAACAGAACUUCAAAUAUUAAAAUAUGUAUA